UUCAUUUCGUACAUGUUUCCAUCUGUACAUGCGUGUACAGGACAUAAACAACAGUGGAGCAUCAGGUUCUUUAUGUUCUUCUCACACUUUACAUUAUUGUUGGUAGAAUAUAUAGACAUUGCAGACCCAAAUGGCUUUUGACUACACUACUCUCAUAUAGAUUCCUUUUCCAUGGAUUUAUUUCAACAUUGUAAUUAAUUUUUCAAAAGUAUUGCUAUUCAGAUCGAAAACUUAGAUCUACUUUUUAGACCCAAUGAUGUAUUAAGAAGAUGAUUGGUUGAUAAGGUUUGAUCGCUGCUUGUGAAAAUGCUAAUUAGUCUUCAAUUCAAAUCCAUUCAUUUCUCAAUGACCUGCAGAAUCAAAGAGCACUGAGAAAAAGCUAUAUGGAUAAGCACAUUUUGGGGGAAAAAACAAACUAUGCAUGAGGGUGAGGCUACAUAAAGGGGAUAGAUAGAGCUGGCUAAUCUUCCCGAUCCAACAGUCUACAUGCUACAAAACAUAAUGCCGACAUCAAGCAUACUGGUCAUGAUAUUCAAAGCACUGUCAUUGGACUUUAACAACUGAGAAAGAAUAUGAUUAAGAAAAAUGAUCAGAUUCUAUGAAGUGGGAUUUUCUUUCGCAAUUUUCCUGGUAAAAAAACUAUUUGAUUUUCACUUUUUUGACAUUCAUUACCAAAAUGGUGCUUAAAAUGAUCUGCUUGAUAUCCAAAGAUCAAUUGCCAAUGUGAACACUCUCAAAAGAAAAAAAAUUAAACAUAGGGUAUCUAGUUCUUCACACUUUAUAUAGGGCUAUAGAAUAAAACUUUAAAAUAGCAGAAAAAGUUUGUUGAACAAAAUUAAAAACAGCUCACUAGUAAAAUCCCAUUUUAGUUGCUCCUCGGUUGGUUGGAUUUUGUAAAAUUCUAUUAUACCUCACCAUGUUGGCGUCAUAAAUUCAAUCCUUUUUGUUGCUCUGCCUCCUUCCCUACAAACAAAACCAAAAACAAUGAACACUAGAGAAAUUUCAUGUGGUAACUGCCACAACAAGGUUAUGGAAACACCGGACUCCAAAAACACCCUACGCCAAUCUUGUGAAUCUCUGAUUUCAAUAGAAGUAUGUGAAACUGUCCCGAAGGGACAUUUGUGCUUUUGUUGGAAAACAAGAUUGCAAGAAAACAAAAGCCGACAUGCUGCAUUGCCAAAGCCUGAUCGAAAGCUAAAUCCUAUGACUAAUAAUAUCGGUGUACAUCUACCAAAGCGGGCAGUUCUUUGCGGAGUCAGUUACCAAAAGAAGAAGCACAAGCUCAAGGGAACAAUAAAUGAUGUGAAUAGAAUGAAAUCUCUUCUAACCGAUCAUUUUGGUUUUCUUGAAACUUCUAUUUGUGUUCUAACAGAAGAGGAGGAUGACCCAAACCUUAUUCCAACAAAGGAGAACAUGCAGAAGGCCUUGAGAUGGCUUGUGGCGGACUGCAAGUCGGGGGACUCCUUGGUGUUUUACUUCUCUGGACAUGGUUUACGACAACCUGAUUUUGAUAUGGAUGAGAUCGAUGGCUACGAUGAAACUAUCUGUCCUUCUGAUUUCAUGACUGCUGGAAUGAUCCUUGAUAAUGAUAUCAAUAAUACCAUUGUCAAGCCCCUCAAGGAAGGUGUCAAACUUCAUGCCAUUAUCGAUGCCUGUCACAGCGGAACCAUCCUUGAUCUAGAGCAUGUUUACGACAGCAUACCGAAACGGUGGGUGGAUAACAAACCUCCUUCAGGUGUAAGGAAAAGUACAGAUGGUGGACUAGCUAUCUCUUUGAGCGCCUGCGCUGAUGAUCAAAUGGCUUCCGAUACAACUGCCUUCUCAAGAAACAAAAUGACUGGCGCCAUGACUUACAUUUUCGAUCAAACAAUUAGGCAAAACCCUAGAAUAACAUACGGAAACUCAGCUAUCAUCUUCAACACCAUUUAAUGUUGAUACAGAGAAAUUCAACUUGUAGGCAUGUGUAAUUAUACCAUGUCAAAGAAUGUUAUCGAUAUGCAACCGGUGUCGUCUUGGGCCCAUGUUAAUAUGGGAGCUAUUGUGGAGCGGAAGCAAGGAUUUGUAACCCAAUCGACUCUAUAAAGUGGGUGUUUGAGAAGUUAUUAUUUUAGUAGGCUAUUUUAGUUUUCGGCUAUUUUAGCAGGUUAAAAUUUUUGUAUUUGAGAAGAUGAUUAGAUUUUUAUAUAGUUGGAUGUGAUGUUUGUAAGGAA